AUGCUGCACGCACUGCACUUACUGCCCUUACUGUUCCUGCUGGCAAAGACUGCCCCUACACAAGCCUGGUCACGGCCCCUCUGGUACCAGGUGGGGCUGGACUUGCAGCCCUGGGGUUGCCAGCCCAACAGCUUGGAGGGUUGCAAGGGUGGCCUGGGCUGUCCUGGCUAUUGGAUGGACCUGGGCAUAUCAGACCACAUCUACCCUGUGGCUGGGGUCACCGUCACCACCACCAUGAUGCUGGUGAUCAGCCGAGCGGUGUUGCAGCGGCGCCGUGCACUGAUCCCCAAGGCUGAGCAUGCACAGGUGACCACUGAGCCUUGUAGACCCAAGAAGCAGCGGGGUCCGAUCUCAGACCGAGCCCUUCUCUUGGGUGUCCUGCACAUGAUGGAUGCCCUCCUGCUUCAUAUAGAGCGCCACCUGCAGCGUCUAGCCACCCAGUCACAUAUCCAAAUAAAAGGGAGUCCCACUCAGAGUGGGUGA